ACCCUUCAAACCGAAACUCGAGCCUGUAGCUCACAGAUUCUCAGCUUUCGCCAUGGCCCUCAGCGAUGCUGACGUGCAAAAGCAGAUUAAGCACAUGAUGGCAUUUAUUGAACAAGAAGCCAAUGAGAAGGCAGAAGAAAUAGAUGCAAAGGCAGAAGAAGAGUUCAACAUUGAGAAAGGUCGUCUUGUGCAAACCCAAAGACUGAAGAUUAUGGAAUAUUAUGAAAAGAAAGAAAAGCAGAUUGAGCAGCAGAAGAAAAUUCAGAUGUCCAAUUUGAUGAAUCAAGCAAGACUGAAAGUCCUCAGAGCGAGAGAUGACCUUAUCUCAGACCUACUCAAUGAAGCAAAACAGAGACUCAGCAAGGUGGUGAAAGAUACAACCAGGUACCAAGUGCUGCUGGAUGGACUGGUCCUCCAGGGUUUAUACCAGCUGCUGGAACCCCGAAUGAUUGUUCGUUGCCGGAAACAGGAUUUCCCUCUGGUAAAGGCUGCGGUGCAAAAAGCAAUCCCUAUGUACAAAAUCGCCACCAAAAAAGAUGUUGAUGUUCAAAUUGAUCAGGAGGCCUACCUGCCUGAGGACAUAGCUGGUGGUGUUGAAAUCUAUAAUGGGGAUCGUAAAAUAAAGGUUUCCAACACCCUUGAAAGCCGCCUGGAUCUCAUAGCUCAGCAGAUGAUGCCUGAGGUACGCGGAGCCUUGUUUGGUGCUAACGCCAACAGGAAGUUUUUGGACUAA